GUUCCAUCAAGAGGCCGUACAAAGUCUAAAUGUAUGAAAAAUACAGGAUAUUUUGAGGAGGAUGAGGACGAAAGAGACGAGAAUAAAGAAAAUGAAAAUAGGAAAAAUGAAGGGGAAAAUGAAGAAAAUAU